AUGAAGAUCGCAGCAGCACUAGCUACCACUCUCCUGCUCGUCUCCAUAGCAACGAGGGCGCUAGCGGAUGGAGAGUGUAAUCCCGGCGACACGAAGAAGGAUGACUGCAACUCGUGCAUCUGUGCGAAGGGCGGCGUCUGGGCGUGCACACAGAUGGCCUGCCCCAAAGUACAGGAGGCAUGUACUCCGGGCGAAAGGAAGAAGAUUGACUGCAACUGGUGCACUUGUGUAAAAGAAGCAGGCUGGGCAUGCACCAAGAUAGCUUGUCCCACAGUCAAGGAAGUCCAAAUGAAAUGCGAGCCUGGCACUACUUUCAAAGAAGACUGCAACAUCUGCGUCUGUGGUUCGGACGGCAUCACAGCAGCCUGCACACUUAAAGAGUGUUCCGGUCGCAGGCGUCGCGAAUUUGAAGAUAAUGAUACUGUACAUGUUAAUGAACAGUUAGUGGAUAUAGAGAUGACUAAGUUUUUCCAAAGACCUAUAAUAACAAAAUCUUAA